UCAGCUGCUCUAUUGCUAAAACCUUGUGCGCAUUGGAAAGGCAAAUCUUGUUUUCCAAAGCGAAUUGAAUAACCAAUCAUUCUUGUUUGUUUUCGGCAACUAUUGUGAACUUCAGCAUUAUAAUAUUGUGGAGAAAUCUUAAUCAGCAUUUUGGAACAGAUAGCAUAAUGGGAAACGCACCAGUGAAGGAAGUAACGCAAGCGGCAGCCAAUAGUGUCACUGGAGCAGCACCACAACCGGCUGAGAAACCUAAAUGCAAGGCAUGUUGUGCUUGUCCGGAUACCAAGAAAGCGCGUGAUGCCUGCAUUGUUGAGCGUGGCGAGGAGAAUUGCACAUCAUUGAUUGAGGCACACAAACAAUGCAUGCGAGCGCAGGGCUUUAACAUAUAAAUAAACAAAUCCAAAUUUAACCAUACAAUUUUGAUUGUUAUUUAAGUCUUAACUAAUUUUAACAGUUUCGAAGUCGAGAAGUUGUCUGAGCUGCAAGUUCUGCCAGUCGAAAUAUUAAAUGUUAUUCUAUUUAUUUCUAGUUUAUUGCGUAAUCGGUUAAAGAAUGUGUGAGAAUUGCCAAUGUGUAUGGAAAUUGAAUUAAAACAAUAAUUUAAAUCGGAAAGAAAAGUAAAUUUAA